CUUUUCUGUUUCUCUUCUCGCCCCAUCCACGGACACAUGCAGAUGAAAAUGAGCGAAAGCAUGUCCAUAUUGAUAUUGAUGUUGAUCAUGCUUGAAUUAGGUUGGGAUGUUGUUGAUCCUUGCUUCUUUUUUACUCCUUUUACUCCCUUUCCUAUUCUUCCUUCCUUCCUUCCUUCCUUCUUUUUUCUUUUUCUUUUUUUUUUAGUGUACAUACACUCUCCCAACGCUCGUUUCCUUCACUCCCAUUCUUGUUGAACA